GGAGAUAUGAGUAAACGGAAUCCGAAAAUUCUGAAGAUUUUUCUGUAUAUGUUACUUCUCAACUCUCUCUUUCUCAUCAUCUACUUCGUUUUUCACUCAUCGUCGUUUUCACCGGAGCAGUCACAUCCUCAUAUACGGUUUCACGUUUCAGUGAAUAACCAAUCGGCGAUUCAGAAACCGUGGCCGAUCUUACCUUCUUACCUCCCAUGGACGCCGCCGCAGAGGAAUCUACCAACUGGCUCUUGCGAAGGCUACUUCGGGAAUGGAUUUACAAAGAGAGUUGACUUCCUUAAGCCGAGGAGAGAAGGAAGCUGGUUUCGUUGUUUUUACAGUGAGACGUUACAGAGUUCGAUUUGUGAAGGAAGGAAUCUGAGAAUGGUUCCGGAUCGGAUUGUUAUGUCGAGAGGAGGUGAGAAGUUAGAGGAAGUUAUGGGGAGGAAAGAGGAGGAAGAGCUUCCUGAGUUUCGACAAGGUGCGUUUGAGGUGGCGGAAGAGGUUUCUUCACGGUUAGGUUUUAAGAGACACCGUCGUUUUGGUGGAGGAGAAGGAGGAGGAGGAGGCAGUGUGGUUUCUCGGCGGCUGGUGAAUGAUGAGAUGUUGAAUGAAUAUAUUCAAGAAGGUGGAAUUGAUAGACAUACAAUGAGAGAUUUGGUUGCUUCGAUUCGUGCUGUUGAUACCAAAGAUUUCGUUUGUGAAGAGUGGGUGGAGGAACCAACCUUGCUUGUCACUAGAUUCGAGUACGCAAAUCUCUUCCAUACCGUGACAGAUUGGUAUAGCGCUUAUGUUUCCUCUAGAGUCACCGGUUUGCCUAAUCGACCACACGUUGUUUUCGUUGAUGGACACUGCACGACGCAGCUAGAAGAAACAUGGACAGCUUUGUUUUCUGGAAUUAGAUAUGCAAAGAAUUUCACCAAACCGGUUUGUUUCCGCCACGCGAUUCUUUCACCAUUGGGAUAUGAAACUGCGCUUUUUAAAGGCUUGACCGGAGAAAUAGACUGCAAGGGAGAAUCAGCUCACAAUCUGUGGCAAAACCCGGACGAUAAAAGGACUGCGAGGAUAUCAGAGUUUGGUGAAAUGAUUAGAGCAGCUUUCGGGUUUCCUGUCAACAGACACCGCUCAUUAGAAAAACCGCCAUCAUCAUCAUCAACAACCUCUGUUCAUAACGUUCUCUUUGUCCGCCGUGAAGAUUACUUAGCCCAUCCUCGUCACGGCGGUAAAGUCCAGUCUCGGCUCAUCAACGAGGAAGAAGUGUUCGACUCGUUGCAUCAUUGGGUCGCGACUGGCUCCACCGGUCUGACCAAAUGUGGGAUAAACCUUGUGAAUGGCUUGCUUGCACACAUGUCAAUGAAAGAUCAAGUCCGAGCCAUUCAAGACGCUUCAGUGAUCAUAGGAGCUCAUGGAGCAGGACUCACUCACAUUGUAUCUGCAACACCAAACACAACGAUAUUUGAGAUAGUGAGCGUCGAGUUUCAGAGACCUCAUUUCGAGCUCAUAGCUAAGUGGAAAGGAUUGGAGUAUCAUGCGAUGCAUCUGGCGAACUCACGAGCGGAACCAACGGCUGUGAUUGAGAAGUUAAAGGAGAUCAUGAAGAGCCUUGGCUGCUAAAGGUUAAAAAUAGUGAGUGAGUUCGAAUCUCUGGGUGACCGGUGGUGAGUUUGGAAUAUUUUGAUACUUUGUAUUUUUGUAUCAUUUUUCGAUGGGUUAAUGGUGUAAAUUGGCUUUGCUUUUUUGUACUAAACAUGAUUUCUUUUA